AAGGGAAGGGAAUAAUGAAAGGCGAGUGAGGUAGAUGAUGCACCAGAGGUCAGAGUCUUUGGAUAAACUGUGUUAUCCCACAGUACCAAGAAGCAGUACACCAUGGAGUCUGCUUGCAUUCCUAAAUUUGCCUGAUUUCUGGUCACCUGGCUUCAGCCCGAGCCUUGGGCAUGGAUACAAUGGACCAAGAACUAGUUUGAUUUCCUUCAUUAUCUUUUCAAACAUCGUCACCUCAAUCAUGACUUUAGAGUCUCUGCCAUUAGCUCUAGACAUGAUACUUUAUUAGACUUUGUAGAUGCCCACUUAAUUCAUUCACAUGGUGCCCCACAUAGAUACCAGUUACCUGAUAUGAUUUAUUUGGGGAAAGUUAGGGAUUCCUAGUGAAUGGGAAGAAAUCAAAGGUCACACGAAAGAAAUCCUCAUAUCGAAAGGGAGAUGCACUCUCAGAUGUGCCAUCCAGUGUCUCCUACAUAGAGUGGGACCACAGAAGGUUGCCCACAGCAAGGCAGGAAGCCUGUGUGUGACUCUAUGGACCCAUGAUUGCCUCUGAAAUUAUGUAUAAAACAUAAACUUCAAAACAUCUCUGUCUGAGAUGGAUUCUUGUGCAUCUGUUGAAGAACAACCAUCGCAUGAAAAGCGGGUGAUGCAGGGCUGUGCCGAGGCUUCUUCAGAUGCCAGUGUUCACAAGGCACCUUGAAAGGAGAAAUAAGCAAGAAGAAAUUAGGUUGUGUGGUCUACUGGCAGACAGAAUUCCUCUCCUGACAAUUUUCCUGCUUGAAAAAAAAGUCUCUGGAGAUUUUGGACACAUUAGCAAAUCUCUAAACUGCUGAUAAUGUGGGGCUGAGGGUAACUAGGGCCCUCAGGUACUUUCUGCCAAAAGCAAUGUGUGCUUUUCUUAUUUUCUCCCAUUCUGCCUCCCGUUACAAAUGCCAGUUAUGAUUUCUAAUUGACUUUACUAGACGCAUCAAGAAAAACCUUCUGUAAUUCUAGUAAAACAGUACUUCAGUCAAGGACUAUUCAUUAUUCAAGAUUCAAUAAACAUUUUUGAGUACCUACUUUGGGUACAUCCUAUGUUCAAUGCUCAGGGAUAAAAGAUAAACAAGACAGGGUCCGUAGUCUUAGCAACUGAAAGAGAAGCAGCCACGCCUCAGGAUGUCCAAGCCAAAGCCACAGUGUAUACCAUAGAAUUCUGUGACCUUACACCCCACAGAUUUAUUUCUAGGAAUUUAUCCAAGGAAGUAGUGCAUAAAAUUAUGCUUAAAUGGAUAUUAAUUGUAUCAUGGGCGCUGACAGCUAAAUAAGUACUUGAUGAUUAUUUAUUGGAUAAAUAAGUAUUAAUAUAAAUAUUUAUAAGCAUGGAAUUGGGGGCUCUAUGUGUAUAACAAGGAGGACUAGUUAAAUGCUACACAUACAAUUUGAAACGUUUUGAAAACAUAAUGUUACAAGGCUUACUCUCAGUGACACAGCUUUCCAAACUCAUAUUGCUAAGUAAAGGCAGCUUACGUUUGUAACAUGAAUUUUGAUUAUAUGAAAAAAUUCAUAUAAAAAGGGGGCUAGGAAGAUGACUCUACAGGUCAAAGUACUUGCUGCCCAACCUAAUGACCUGAGUCUGAACCCCAGAACCCACAGUGGAAGGAGAGAACUGCCGCCAAAAUGUAGUUUGAUCACCACACAUAUGUUGUGGCAUACACGUGUGCUCUCAAAAUAAAUAAUCAAGUAAAUAUAAAUAAUCCAGUACGGUACUCUGAUGACCAAACUAAAUGACCGAGAGUGAAACUGAAAAACAAAAUAUGUGUGUGUGUGUCUGCUGUCUGUAUAUAUGCGUGUGUGCAUAUAUGUGUAUAUAUGUGUGUGAAUUUGUGUGUGUGCAUAUAUAUGUGUGUGUGUGUUUGUACAUAUAUGUGUGUGUAUAUGUGUGUGUAUAUAUGUGUGUAUAUGUGUGUGCAUAUAUAUGUGUGUGUAUGUGUGUUUUUACAUAUAUGUGUGUGCAUAUGUGUGCAUAUAUGUGUGUAUAUGUGCGUGCAUAUAUAUGUGUGUUUGUACAUAAAUAUGUGUGUGUGAUAUAUAUGUGCGUAUGCAUGUAGGUAUGCAGGAUAUCAUAAAAAUCAAACCAUAUGUAUCAAAAUAGUUUGUUCUCUCAAACAUGUAUAAAACUACUCUUAUGAUCAUUAAUUUUAAAUUGCACUGGCCUAAAGGGGUCAGGCCCAGCAUCUUUUAUUCUGUGGGAUUAUAUCUUUAUGUCAUAAAGUUCUUCCAUAAAGUAGCAUGUAGGGGGUUCCGUUCCAGUACUAUAAAAAGCUUGCAAAGAUAUCUGAUUGGGAAUCCUUCUAGAUGUGUACAGGUUCCCCACCAGCUCUUACAGUUGUAGCCACCCCUAAUUUGACAGCAUUGUUUGUAGCAAUUCGCAUGUGUUGGAUUUUUUUCCCAAGGCGUGGAACUUAGGAAGAGCUUUGUUUUUAUGCUAUCUCACUGGUGUGUGCUAUAUUUAACUGAAUUGUGAAAAUAGAUUAAAGUACAACGGGCAUCAAUAAGUUUUCGAAUAAACAAAAUUCCGAGGAGCAGGAGGGGGAGGAUUACUAAGAAACAGCCGAGGGCCAUGUGGCAUGGAUGUGUUUCUAUGUUUCCCGAGAGCUGCGUGGUGUGGCCGAGUGUGUAUGCUUUCAGCAAGUGUGUAGUAAUUUAACAAGUCAGUCAAAGGAGAAUGGAUGAGGAGAACCUCUGGUAUGAACACUAGCUAGAAGAGGGGAGCCGGCGAUUGAAAACCAGAUACCACCAUCAACAGUGUGUGCCCGUGAAGGGGAAAUUAGAACACGUUUGCAUUCUGUCUGUUCUCCCGUAUCAUAUAAACUCUUUGCAGGAAAAUAAUGUACUCUCACAUACAUAUCACUCAUUUACAAUUGAAAUUGCUGUGUGCCUAGAACUUGAUGUGAGUCAGACAAGGCUUUCUUGGUAUUCUUCGCAGCUGGAUCUCCUGGCCUUGAAUCUGAACUCGGUCUCUUUUUACAAGUGUAACUUUGGGAAAGUGCACUCCGGGACACUGAGUAGCACCUUAGUGUGUAACUGCAAAAUAGAGAUCGUCAGAGCAAUGUUCAGCAGCUAGUAGAUUUGUGAAAAUAAAAUAAAAUACAGAAAAAUCAAUCCCCAAAAGGGCUUGCUGGGUUAAGUGCUUCUCUGUUUCUAGGUCUUUACCCUUAUUUUUCUGAAGCCUCCACAAGGUCCAGCUUCUAACUUGUUAGCCAAAGUACAUUGUACGUGGCAUUCAGAGAGCAGUGCCAGCAAUGACUGAGGGAGUGCCAGCAUACACAUGUAUUUGAUGCUACAGAAGAGAGGCUGGGGAUUAUAGCCCAUGGGCUGCCUCUCUCCCAAUGUCUGUUUUAUAAGGAAAGUUUUCUUGAGACACGGCCAUGCUGUUCACUUAUCUAUUAACUGUGGCUGUGGCCGUGGCCGUGGCCGUGGCCGUGGCUGUGGCUGUGACUUUUAUUACACACUGCAUCAUCAGGCUGACAGAGAACUUAGAGCAGAGACCACAUGGCCUACAGAAGGUAAAGUACUCCCUAGACCUCAUAGAAAAAGGAUAGCAACUCUGCUGUUGGGCAUCCAUCAAGAUAGUGUCCUUGUGGUGGGGUGAAGUAAAAAGAUUUAGUAUGCUUAGGAAGGGGAUUCUUAGAAAUCAACCCUCAUCAUGUGUGCAUGGAUUAUCUAAAAGCAACCAGAGCUAGGAAUAAAUACAUACAUACAUACACACACACUCACACACUACAAAAAUGAUUCGGUAGACAGAGUUAAGAACUGAUUGUCAAGGGUAUCAAAGGUAUUGUAGGUCUAGUCUGUUGAGCAACAGGGGAAGGGCAAACAUACACGUAGCAAGGGUUCAUUUGAUGCUCUAAAGUGGCAUGCACAGCCAGCCAUUGUAGACAAUAAUCCCCUAACUGGGAAAUUAACAGGUAGCUGUUGGAUUAACAUGGUUGUGAAUAAACAGGGUCACAGUAAGAGCAGUGGGGUGGGGAGAGGAGAUAGAAAAUAAGUUUCAUAUAGUCCUUUAAUCCUUAUAACAACAAUUUUCUACACUGGUGUGAAAGAAACUGGAUUUCUCUCCUGGAAAAUCAUAGUAGGAUAUAGUCAACAGUAGAAUUCUCAGAAUUUCCAGAACUACAGUCUUCACAAAAUGGGGGGGGGGGAUUCAAAUUGUGAUUCCAAGAUGGGCUAGUUAAUCUGGAAUAGAUGUGUUAUACCCUCUAUCAUGUGUGCUGAAAUGUACAAUUUCAUGUCUUAGACACACACACACACACACACACACACACACACACACACACACACACACACACACCAACAUGCAUGCACAUAUGCACAUGGACAGGCUUUACUGUAUGAAAACUAUCUUACUCCAUCCGGAUGCCUUCUGUAACAGUGAGGUCUCACCUCACCAGUUAUCACCGUCUGAUCUGACUUGCUCACGACCCAGCCCUUGGCUAAUGGUGUAAGCAGUGUUAACGCAUAUCAGCCUGUCACCCUGAGCCUGGGCUUUCUUAAGAGUCCUUUAUUGCAAUACAGAACAUCAUCAUGGUAAUGAGGUGGAAGGAAAGAAGUUUCUAUCUGCAAUAUAAAGUGAAAGAGAAAGGCACUCAGCAUGCGGUGUUUUAGACACCAAGGAGACCCAUAGUGGAGGUGGCAGCCCCAUAUGCCGGCUCGGGCCAUUUCUGUGCAAUUUCUUCAAAGGUCCCUGCUCAUUGCAAAAGCCUCUUGUUGUAGGCAGUCUAUGACAGCUUGCAAACAAGAAACAACAGCAGAAAUAACAAAAAAACUGUAGUCACCACCUUUACCUACCUAGAACCUCUGUAGGAUCCAAGAGGUUGGGUAGAUGGGUUAGUGAGUAGAUGGUCCUCCAUGGCCAGGACCAUGUGAUGUAAGAUCCCAGAAAGCACUAAUGUGGUCUCUAAAUAGUCUCCAAAUUAGUUAGCCACAUACACUGUGGGCUUGUAUAAAUAAGAAUGCAUUUAUUCCCUGUCGUUCUAUGUACCAUGAUUUAUUAGGACCUACUCUUCCUUUGCACCUUUAGCAUCUAUAGCCUUACAAUCUCUAUCACCAAUGAGGGUAAAACCACUUGGAUCACAGACAUCUAGGACCUGUCAUUUCCAUGGCUUUCCCCUUCAAAUUGGAGUCGGGAACAAAGCCAAGACAAAGGAGGUUCAGAGAGUUUCUUUUCAAAGUGUUGGAUAAGCCUGGUCAUUGAAAUCAUCAGGAGGGGAGCUGUUGGCAGAGCCUGUUCUUUCUCUAUAGCAACAAACGAUAGCUCUAUCUGGAGCCAAGACAGCGGGGCAGCGAGGAAGACCGUAGCCAAACUCUCGGCUGCUUACUGCACUUUUACCUCUGAGUGCCAAUGGCAUUUUCGAAAGGUCUCUCCCCGAUACACCAUCUUCUGUGUUUUAUACUAUCUGUUUAUUGCUUUACUUCCUGUUCGGGAGUAAAAAUGAAUUUGCAUUAUUAUUGUUAAGUUCCCCCAGUGUGAUGGAGUAGUGAAGGAAAAUCUUCAGAGGUACUCUUUUAAGUACAAUGACUGAGUGGCUCUUUAAAAAAUGAAUAUUCAAUAUUUGGUAAAUGAUAACGCCGGUGCUGUAGCACAAAAGUCAAAAUUCUAUUUGAAGGAGGUCAGCAAACAAUCAGUGUGUGGAGGCCAGAGAUUGGAGAACAUAUUUAUUCGCUACUUCCUUAGCUCUGUAGCUAAGAGUAAUUAAUUUUAUUUUUAUUUGUUUCAUUUUUUAAAUUAUGUACCUGGGGUACAGAAUCCUCCCACAGAAGACAGAGGAGGGUAUCAGAUCCCCCGAUGCUGGAGUUACAGAAGGCUGUAAGCAGCUCAGCUGGGUGUUGAGAUACCAACUCUGGUCUCUCUAAGAGCAUCAAGCACUCUUAGCCUCUGAGCCAUCUCUCCAGCCCUAACAGCAAUUUUAAUGGCUGCAAUAACUUGUUUGCUGAUAGUAGAAAGAAUAUGCAAAGGAGAUUGUGUGUGUGUGUGUGUGUGUGUGUGUGUGUGUGUGUGUGUGUGUGUGUGUGUGUGUGUGGUAAUUCUAAAUCCAAGGCGUUGAAGGUCUCUCUCAGAAUUUAUGUAAAGAAUGGGGAAGAUGAAUCAUCUUCUACAUGGUUCUAAGUGUUCUUAGAAUGAGGAAGCUUCUGCCAUGGCUAGUUGGCCCAGAUACAGGAUUUAGCCUGUCAGUUCAGUUAGCUGCCCCUCCUCUCGUCAGUGAUACCCACAUAUAGUCCUGGGAAAGUUUGGAGCAAUAUCCUCUCACCCACCUCAAAGGCUCUGGUUUCAUCUCUGCGUCCAGCCCUUUGUGGUACACAGCCCUUUAGUUCCUUUAGCCCAGGCUUUAUUGGACAAUUCAAGGGAGGGAAAGAUUUCAGUACUUAAGUGAAAAGGAUGUAAAAACAACACAGAAAAGGGACAAGGAAGCAGUCAAACUGAAAAAGAGAGCAAUUAAAGAGACAAAAAGUCCCCUUGGCUGCCUUUUGGGUACUUUCUUCAUCUUUUCACCAAGGAAUUGCUAGCUUUUAAUUUUCCCCACCUCAGCUUAAAAUACUGUUCACGGAAAAGAACGGUCCGCUAUGGAAAGGCUGCUUUGGAUUAACAGGCAAAUGUAAGGGAGUAAAAGAGCUGUCAGGUUGUGGCCAACACAGACACUGCCCGCCUUGCUUGCUGGCUUAUGCUGGACAGGAGUCAGCAAACCUGUAGCUAGGGCCUUCUUCACCCUACUGCUAAUCAGCAGAUAACAAGCCUCUUCUUGGCUUGCAUUUUUUACGAUCAUCUGAUGCACUUGAUGUUUCUGCUCCUCAAAACCGAGAGAGCAGUUACUUCAUUUUUCAAAGCACAAAGGAUGGUGCUUUUAGAUUUGAGUGAAAGCGCUGUUUUCUGCUCUCGCUGUGAAAGACGAAGCAUCGAUCAGAUUCCCACUGUAAACAGGAUUCCGCCCCCCCCUUCUCUUUUGUUUUUGUUUGUUUUCCACUUCAUCCCCGUAGGAUGGUUGUGUUCAUCAGUGUAGCACGCCAGGUUCAACCCACUCGGCAAGUCCAAGGAGAAAGGGUCACGUGUGAUGGUAAGGGCCAGGCUGGGGGGAUGCUACAGGGCAGAAGGGAGCCAUGUUUACGGAUGACCAGUGGGCGCUGCGGAGCAGACCCACAUGGCACCAGCCCCAGAUUCCUCCACUGGGGAGCAGAAGAUGACAUUGCAGUAAGAAGGGUUUCUGAACCCCGGUUUAACAAGCCCUCUGCAGCUCCAGGUCCAAUCCCCAGGAAACUCGUUAACGCAGUUAGUUGCCAGGGCAGUGUGCACUUAAGACAGGGAGAAAGUGCAGCCACUCCUCAGCCUUGUGGACGCCAAGGUGGCUCCUCCAUUCAUUAGCUCAGCCUGCUGACCUUACAAAGUUGCUCUUGGCCCUGGGAGAGCUAGGAGAAGUUGGAUUCCAAACCGUUGGCUUGUUUCUGUUAAAAUACUGUCGACCAAUAUCUGAAGGGGUUUUUGCUUAUCAGCAAACCACUUGGUCCUGAUGAGAAAUAACACACACUCAGCAAGGCCUUAGUCAGUUUUAAGGAUACAGUUUUAAGGAUACAAAUAAUACUUGGGCUGGAGAUAGGCCAAUGCUUGCGACUCGAUGAGAGGAAAGCUGGAAAACUGUGGAAGUGACUGAGGCAGCCACAAGUCAAAGCCUCCUGACUCUUGUGUGGAUAGCAGUAAGAGGUUUCUAUGGGCGAUCAUUAUUAAUCCAAAUAAAACGGUGACAGGGAUCCAGCAACAGGAGAUACAAUGGGUGAAAGAAUCAGCGUCGAACUCAACUCUGGACUUACUUUGAACGUUUUAGCUUUGGACAAACUGCUUAAUUUUUCAAAGGCUCCAUUUCCUCUAUGAAAUGGGAAAAAUAUUAAUAACAUAAAGGUAUUUUGGGUGCUCCCUCGCUUUCUUUAAAUCGGGGGAACUACUUAGGACUGUUAAGGGAGAUUCAAAGCAAUAAGAUGUGGGAGCACAGCUUGGAAUGUAUGCAGUAAGAGUUUAAUGCUUGCUGCUGCUUCUCCCACUCCUCUUCCUCCUUCUUUUCCUGUAGUUUGAUGAGUUUAACAUUGACUUUUAUGUAAAUCGUUCACUUUUCUAUUUCAAACUUAAUUGCAUAUUUAAAUAAGGUAAAUUCUAAAUGUGACUGCACAGCCAAGCCAAAGGCUAACAUGGUUCCUGCCGUCUGAAGGUGUUUGGACCUAGUGGUCCCAGCUCACCUGCUUUUAACCUUCUCCACGAUAGGGAGUGAUGUGUCUUUCAGGUGCCAAAAAUAUUUUCCUGCCAGGCACCUUACAUUUGCAUUUGUCAUUGUAAUUCUUUUGUUCCAAAAAAAGGGGUGAAAAGAAGGUGAACAGGGAUGUCACCCAUUGGCAAGAAAUAUCAAAAUGUGUACCACUAUCUCUUCAGAGCAUCACACUAAAUUGAGAGCUUGCAUUAUUUGGGUUCAAUUCAAGCUAGAGAAUCCAAACCAGCAACGAAUGAUUUGUGACUCCCACUCAGUGUAUUCAACUCAAAACUAUUUCAAUAAAUCUAGGAAUUCAUCUAUAGCCAGUUAAAUUAAGUUUUUUUUUCAAUUUGGAAGGAAAUGGUGCCAAAUUGAUAAGGUCUUUUGAAUUAUUCUAUCUAAAUAUACUUAAUCUUCAUUAAUGCAGCCCUGUAUGGUAUUUUGAGCCAAUCUGAACAAGAAAAUUUUUCACAUAUUUAAUUCUUAAAAUAGAAUUCCUGUUUUUUUUUUCUCUCUCUUUACUAUACAGCCUGCCUGCCAAGAUAUGUAUGCUAGAGGAUUUAUGUACAUAGUAAGUUUUUCUCCUAAAUUCCAGCCCACCCUCAUUUCUGGACACAUAUGAUGUGAUUUAAUACGACCAUUGGAAUGGUUUUAUUUGUCCUCUUUCUUUUCCCUCUGUGUGCCAUGUGAAGAUAAGUGAACUACUCAUUAGUACAUACUCCAUUUGGGGAAAUUGUCUCAAGGAAGUUUCUUUCGCUCCUUUUUUUUCCCCUCCUUUGUUGAUGUAGCUAAUGAAACGAUAUGCAUUUCAAUUCCAAGGAUCUCUGAAUUCAGACCUAGAAAGCAGCUAACACACAAUUGAUUUCCAGCCCUGCAGGAAAAAGGGGAAGCAGUGGAGAAGUCAGAUGGAUUGAUUGCUGAGAUACAGGCCCUGUGGGAUGCUCCGAUAGCAUCCAUGUCUUGAAUGUAUGCACAGUCCCCUCAUCAAUAGAAAAAUCCCCAGGAUAGUAACUUUAUAGAGUCUACACAGCAGUUUAAAUAGGCAGGUGUGCUAACCAUGGUUUAGCCCUCUUCAGAUCUGCCUGGCCAUUUAAAAACUGCCAUCUUUCAGAUAGGGAGGUAGGGGGUGGAUGCUGGAGGAGUUUGGGGAAGGAGAUGGGGUUGAUUAUGAUCAAAAUACAUUGUGCUAGUCUAGAAGAAUUAAUGUAAUAUUUAUAAAUAAAAGAAGAAGAAACUGCCAUAUUUAUAAAUUCAGACAUUGGGGUUAAGUCAGAGACAGACUUACUGAAUGGUGGCCCAGAAGCUUGGCAUGAGAUUACUGGUUCAGAGACUCCAAGCUCUGGAGUUUAGGACAGUGGUUCUCAACUCUCCUAAUGCUGCAAUCCUUUAAUGCAGCGCCUCGUGUUGUGGUGAGCCUAUGUGGAAUGAUUCUGCUUAUCAUAUUAGACAGGACUUUCUAUCUCUUUCAAAUAACCGUUGCUGGACUCCAACUGCUCUAUCAAAAAACCAAGGGAAACCCAUUGCUCCCAUCGAUAAGAAGAAGGAAGAACUCCAGCUAAAGUAGUGCCUGGAUCUGGGUGUUUGGCUUCUUGGUUCUAAGUUCUCUGUUGACUUCAACACAAGAUACAGUCCAGUAGGUCCAGGCUUCCAUGGCUACCUUUCUUAAUGAUUCAGCCUGGUCAUAGGGCAGCGUCUUUUUCUUUCCAAAUACAAACUGCAUGCUUCUCUGAUUGAGUUUAAUUGGAGUUAGUCAGGAGUCUUUUUCUCAAUCAGUUGCUAUAUCCUGGAGCAAGGAAUCUACUGAUCAGCCAGGAGAUAGUCUACCCAUUGAAGGCCCUGAUGUAGAAUAGGAUAAAAACUUGAGAUCCAGGCAUGAUGGCACAUGUUUUUAAUCCCAGCACUUGGGAGGCAGAGGCAGGCAGAUCUCUGUGAGUUCUAGGCCAACCUGGUCUACAACAUAAGUUCCACAAAUCCAGGGCCAUUAUUCAGAGAAACUCUCUCUUGAAAAAAAUAAAACAAACAACAACAAAAUUGAGACACAAUCCACAAAUGGGAUUGGGACUAAACAGACAAUAGCCACAGAGAGAAAAAAAGGUUAUCUUUCAUACUCUGUUCAGAGCCUCUUUUCCUACUGGGACCUACAUAUGGGAUGUAGAUGGUUAAAGUCCUAAGACCUUGUUUUAGAACCCUCUAAAUCUAUCAGAAGGAAAAUACAAAUCAGUAUACAGUAUAAUUUCUUAAGUUUCAAAUUCCAAAAUCACAGCUUUCUGUUUUAUCCUUCUUCUUGAAGUCCCAGGCUCUUUGCUAGGGAUUAAACAUUUGAGUAACUACCAAGUACUCCUCACUCAACAAGAAAGCAUAAAGCUAGGUUUGCUCAUACAACAAUCUUGCAAAGCAGAGAUGAUCGUUCCAAGGCCCUGUGAUCCUGUGUGCAAGAGGCAGGGCUGGGAAGAUAGAGGGGAAGUCAUCCAGCUGAACCAAGUCUCCCACAGAGAACGUUGUCUGGUUCGAGUUUUUGCAAAGUAACUCUUGAGAAGACAUUGGUGCUUAACUUUUCUGGUUUCAUUGAGAAAUCUCUUCUCAAGUCAUUAAGAGAUGUUCCCACUUGUACCCGAACUGGUGCAACUGGAACUUGACUGGUGUUGUUUUUCUGAAAGGAUCUGACUAGACCAAGACGAUAGAGAAGUUCAUAGCUAGCUGAAUCUAAGAACUCUUAUUUUCAUCGUCCAUCUGCUCAGCUGUGUCUCUCCUUUGACUCCGUAUACAAGCAAGUUGGACAUCUUCCAUGUUUCCCUUUCUCAAAUAUGUGGAGCCUGACUCUCCCAUCAGGAAGUUCCAGUCACAUGGUCUACUGGAAGUCUCUGAGAAGACAAUACUUCUCUGUCUAGUAGUCCCAACAAGCACGUGUCAGCCUGUAUUCUCAGCUCUGUUUACUCAGUUCUGCCCAUCACACAUCUCCCUGACUUCUUUACAUAGGAACAUGUCAAUAAUACUUUCUUUGACAGUAGAACAUACAGGUAUGAUCUAACUACCUAGGAAUGGAAAUAACCCUUAAGAACUGCAUGGUUGCAAGUACAAGUAGUCUUUCCUCUGGUCAUGGAGACUAGUUCUGAAAAGUACACAUGACUCGAGUUAUUCCCAUGGACACAGCUCCUAAUAAAAAGCCAGGAAUUAUUAGUUCAUAGUACUGAGCAUUGCAUGAGAACGCAUGUGGUCACUAUAUCUGUGACAGUUGACCCAGAGUCACACAGAGGACCUUGUGCCUUUUGUCCUUGGUAUACUUACCAAAAAUGAUAUCAUUAAUGUUAAAUCUGUUUUGAAUUAUUCUAUAUGGCCAUGAUAAUUAAUGGUAGAGGGUAGUCCAUGCGUUUCCUAUUUUAACAAUUUUGACUUACUGAGGAAACCAUGUGCUUGGUUAUAGUCUUAGUUUUAAUGUUGGAUAAUAGAUUCCGAUCCAUCCGCAAUUACGGAUCGUUGUUGGUCUUAGGAUGCUUUACUUUAGCUUCCCCUCUACAGUGAUUUUUGGGAGUAUUACUUAAAGUCACGUGAUAGGUUCAAGGUCUUAGCAUGGUACCAGGGUACGUGAGAAGUAUCACCAACCUGUGAUGUGAGUGGUUUUCCUUCAAAGAUCUUUUAGACGAUGAAAUUCCUUGAAUGCAUAAAUCAUAAACUGAUUUAUGAUAAGGAAUUUCUUCUUAGGAAGUCUACUUUAUAAAGGAAAAUAUCUUGUUUACAGUUCGUUGCUGUGGUACAGUUGGUGGUGGUAUUUAUUGAUGGUCUCCUCAAGCCACAGCAAGGCACUUAGCAAGACCUUGAAAAUAAGAGAGAUAUCUAGGUCCUUGGACUGUACCAGUGGCAGGUCUCAUCAUAGGAUGAGUCUUCUACAAACCUUUUUAUAGGUUAUUUAUUAUUUAAGGCAAUGUUACUUUUGGUAACCGAAAACCUACACCACCAGAGACUGCUUCUACAUUGGCCCAGUUCUGGGUGCUGUCCUCCUGAUGAUCUUUAAGAGGCACUGUUUCUCUUAGACCAUUCAACUGUGGCAGAAGAACAGUGCUUCCUAACUUUGGAGCCUGGAAAUGACAGACAUCAUUCCCCUUUCAUAAGUAAUCCUGUUGCCCUACCUAGAUGCUUGUGAAGCAGUUUGAGUUCUAGCAAAUUCUGUUCCUCCUGGAAAGUCAGAAUUGCAGUCUGUAUGGUUCGUGUUGGCCACAUGGGCCUCAACUCUACUGCUGUGCUUUUUACAACUAACGCUGAGACCUAGGAUUUUGAGGAAGAAGUCUAUGUCUCACAAACACUGCAUCCUAUGGCGAGUAUGGUCAAUUUAAUAAAGGUGUCAUAGUUGAAUGAUGAUAUUAAUGAAGCAAAGAAGCUGAAUAGAUCUCAGAAAGGAUGGCAACAGUAAAAACUGCAAAUAUUUGACCCCUUACGCUUCUUUUCCUAACCCCUGCCCAAGGUCUCAGUGGCCAACAUCAAAAUGGGGUCAUCACAGCUCUGUCUGAAUGAGUACUCAAAACAGACUCUGAGUACAGAAAAAGUCAGUGUCUACUUUGCUUAUACCAACUUCCUGUGUGUCUACCAAGCCAAUCCAUGUCUUCCUUGGCUUGUAGCAGGAAAACUGACACUAGUUCCUAACAGGUUCAAGAGUGGACCCCAACUUUUCUCCUCUGGACAUCCCAGGCAAUCUUGCUUUUUCCUGAUCCAUGGAAUAGUCCUCCUCCAGGGUGGGUAGUCUCUCUUUCCCUCCAUCCUUCCCCCCUCCCUCCCUCCUCCCUCCCUCUCCCUUUCCCUUCUCCCUCUCUUCCUCCCUUCUUCCCUCCCUCCCUCCUUCUCCCCUUUCUCUCUCUUCUCUCUUCUCUCUCUCUCCUCUCUCUCUCUCUCUCUCUCUCUCUCUCUCUCUCUCUCUCUCUCUCUCUCUCUCUCUCUCUCUCUCUCUCUCUCUCUCUCUCUUUCUGAGACAGUUUCCCUGUGUAGCUUUGUCUGUCCUGAAGCCCACUCUCUAUAUCAGGCUGUCUCACAGAGAUCUGCCUGCCCCUAUCUUCUAAGUGCUGGGAUUAAAGGCAUGUGCCACCAUUGCCUGGCUAGGUUGGCCACUGUCAAUGUCCUGUUUUUUGUUUGUUUGUUUUUUGAUGACUAUUAUAGCAACUUUGAUGACUAUUAUAGCUUGAGUUGCCCCUGUUCCCUUUGAAUUUUUGAUAAGCCAACUUACUGUGUGGUCUCAUUUGUAUAUUUUCAAACCCAGCAAUGUUCUUUGGUCCCCCAUCCCUAAGGAAAAUGUGUACAAGUACUUGAGCACAUGCAUUGUGCAGUCAGAGUGCCCAUCCUCCAGCCCUUGUUCAGAUACCAGCAGGGCAAUAUGGGACUUUUGAAGUUGUUUCAUUUCCAGACGGUUUUUGAAAGAAAAAAAAAAUCAUACUUAGCACAAAGCCUGAGACAUAAUGCCUACUUGAUAAAGGUUAGCCAGCAGUAUCUUUAUUGCAAUUGCCUAUGUAUUCCUACUUUAAAUGUUUAAAUGGGUAUUCUAUACCAUUGUAGCCCACAGAUAAAGAAAUGGCAUCAAGAAGUCUGAGUUACCCAUUGGUUGGUUUCUUGAUUUAACUUCUAGUUCAGUUCUUUGAGUGUAUUUUUUGUUAUUAGCAGACAAAAUAAAAAGCAGGCUUAAAAAAUAUAUGAUGAAGCCAUGCCCUGGCUUUGAUGCCUGCGCAGGGCUUCCAUUCUGUCAGUGUGAUUUCUCUGCAUGGAUGGAUGGCAGAAUGCGGUCUGUUUCUUAGACUGUUUAAAGCCAGGCACAAAAGAAGUCACACUGGCCGAGUCCACAGCUGGCAAAAAAAUGGAAGAGGCUAAGCUGGUGAAAGAAACUGUUAAUACAGACCAGAAACUUUUUAAGCUAUAAAAAGGAACAUGCCCACUGAAAUUCUGAAAGCAGAAGUUUUAUUUGGGUGAAACGAUGUUCAGCUCUGCAUGAUUCCGACUUAGAAAACGCACACGCUUGCCUUCUCCCUCUGCCAAAGCAUCAGAUUUUAACACAGAGGCACCAAAAUAGAGAGAGAGGAAUAAUGGGCCUUCAGAUGGUAUGUGCCCCAAAGCAAACCGAGCCACAUACAUGCUGAAGUGCUCGUACCUUUCAGAGAAGAAAAGACAGGGGGCUGUGUCUCUAACCCGUGGACCCCAGCACCGCCUCUGCCAUCUUGCUCCAUCCCUAGUAGCCAGGGACAACAGGUGAAGAGAUAACAGAUGUGAAGAGAAGAGGUAUGGCUUCUAAGUCACUUGCCAGCACACCUCUUUUUUGUAACCGCCUCUCUACCUCAUCCCCACAAAGAGCACACACCCUAAGCCCCGAGUGGGCUACCAGGCAGCAUUGUCUGACAAUACAGUCUCUCCAUCAAAUGCUUUCAGUAUUGAACACAGAAUGCUUCUCUAUCUCUGGCAGGGCAGACAUUCAACGACCUCAUGGAUUUUCCUUUAUGUGUAAUCCAGUGAAAAAUAUGCCUUUGUCUUUCAUUUCUCACCCCAAACCUUAGAACAGGACUCAAAAUCUCAUGGCCAUUCACAUCACUGCCAAAGGUUUCUAUUUAUCUGAGUCUACAACAUAUCAAUAACUGCCCCCUGAGGGGGCAUUGGGCUUGGAUUGUAAACCCCAAGUGUCUAAGGAGAGAGUCUCUGUAAAGUCCUUAGAAUUUAUCUGGUGAAGCACUGCAUCUUUAAUAAAAACGGUCUCUAGUGAUGUUUUAGCUAGAGUGCUUCAGGGUUUUUGUGUGCUUUUUAAUUCCCUUUAGUACACUGUAAACUCUUAAACACCAGGACUGUAUUAGGUAUUCUAAAUAUAUAUACCUUUACAUACCUGUGUAUUUUAUGUAUAACAUAACAGACACAUAUAUUACUUUUGGAGAUGUAUGAGUAUUCUAUACAGUACAUAGCAAGUGCUGGAAUGACAUGUAGUAAGGUCUUAGUAGACAUAUAUUGAGUGAAUGAGUGAAUGACUGGGCUAUUGCACAGAGCAUAAACCAAAAAGAAGUGGAACUCAAGGUAUCAACAGCGAAUCUCAAAUUCUAUAGUUAGAAACUGAGAAGGGAGUUUUAGUCUUGAUUUUGGCUUCCUCUCACUGUUUAAGGGAGCAAACCUAUUUGGUAUAACUUCUACACUGGUUUAAAAAGGAUGACUAGAGUUGGCCAUAUUUAAAAAUAUUCUUGACCCCAGGAUAUCUGGAUUUCCAGUGUCCUUAACCCAGCCUGACAGGUGAUCUGUGUCUCACAAGCAGGUGGACUGCAAAGACAAGUGACUGCCAGACUGAGCAUUGUAUAAUGUUUCUGGGAACCCAGCUUUUCCUUCGGUUUUUCAAGACAGGGUUUCUCUGUGUAGCCCUGGCUGUCCUGGACCUCACUAUGAAGACCAGGCUGGCCUUGAACUCAGAAAUCCACUCCCGAGUGCUGGGAUUUAAGGCAAGUGCAACCACAGAACCAGGUUUUCCAGCAUCUCACAUUGUCGCCCCCAAAGGGGAAAGAUGAAUGCCACUUGCUGCUGAAUAGCAAGCUCUAAAUAUUGUGUUACUCACAGUGAGGACAUGAAUCUACCAGAUAAAGAUGAGUGAAAAGUCAGUAGAGAUGGCUACAAGUCUCGUAGCCUGCCGUAUACAACUCUGGGGGGUAUCUUCCAGCACUGAGAAUCCGCAGACCUUAACUUUAGCAACUCCAAGUCCAGGCAUCCCAAGCCUUCUGGAAGCUUCUUUUCAGCUCAGUUUUCCUUUUAGGGGAAAAUAAGGUAAUGGCUAGGAUGAUGUCUCAUAGCCUACACAGGGCCAGCCAUCACCUCUGGCUAGAAAGCUAACUUAGGGGGGAAAAAAACCCAUCCCAAUCAGAGGUAUCAGGAGAUAAGACAGCUCCAUGUGGCUCUAGAGGGUUCCUUGAGAAGAGAAGACGACAUGCUCUGUCCACCUCACUGACUCUAAUAGCUCCUCGGGAGCCACAAAGAGCAGUUGCAUCCAUCCUUAAGUUUGGAGACUUUCUCUGAAGCUGGCUUCACACAAUAGAAUAUAACGGCUCCCCGGGAGUGGUUACCAGAGGUCAUAUAAAUCUGCAUGGAGGGCUUUACUGCCUUUUCUUUUCUUUCUUUUUUUUUUCUUUUCUUUUUUCCUUUUUUUAAGGUGACUCAUUUUUACCCCAGGAGGUAAGAGUCUGUUAACAGGCAUUUGCAUGAUAAUAUCCAUGUCGACAUGUUCAGUGUUAUGGAAAGAGUUGUUGUACACCAAGCACCGUUUUCACGGCUUCUGUAGCAGCUUUCUCUUCUGAGGUUUCCAGUCCUAAUUGGGCUCUCCAUUUUGUCUCUUUCCUUCUGCCCACUCUGCUGCAGGGAAAGCAUACAGGGCAAGAAAGCCAUUCUUUUCUGUACACCCACACUCCCUGGAUUCUCCAAGAACAUUAGGAAAAACAUGUUCUUUCGGGCUUUUAAACGUAGGCAGGGUGGGCUGAAAGAACCUCUCCCCGUACUUAAAGCCCUGCAGAGAUGUCUGCCCUUCAUGGGCAGAAUUAAAUUAGGAGAUGAAAUAUCAAUAUUCUUCCUUCUCCUCACCUUUCCUUUCUUCCUCCCAUCCUCCCCUUCCCUUCUUUUUCAGGUACAAACUGAGCCUUGAAAACAGAGGGAAACCAGGUUCACAUCUAGGCCCUACUACUUCCUACUUACUCAAAAUAAAUGGCAUCUCUGUUUCUUACUUUUCUGUCUGGGAAGUGAGGGUGAUAGUAGUAGCCUCUUUGGAAAAUUGAUGGAGGACAUUUUUAAUAGAUUAAAGUAUAAAACUGUAGUCAUUGCAUAACCAUAUUUAAUAGGUUUUGAUAAGUGCUUAAUAAGUGUUUAUUAUUCUUUUCCAAUUUUUACCUCUUCCCAGUUAUUUUCUCUUCCUUUGGAGCCAACCCCAUUUGUUUAAUAUCACAUCUCUCAGACUGUAGAUUGUCCCUAAGAAAUAGCCAGAAGCAAACAGAAUACAGGGAACUACAUACAAACAAGGGUAGGGCAGCCCACCGUAACUUUGUAACUCUUCCGUUUCACUUCCGCAUGCACCUUUCUGCUUGCUUGGAGAGAAAUAUUAGAAAAAUGUUAAUAAGCCCUAAAUUUGAGAAGUAAGAAUAGAAAAAUGAUAGACAGUGAGGAAUAUCGCUUAGGGCUCCUCUCCCCAACAAUUAUUAUUCCUGAAUAUUUAAAUUCUAUUUCUAUCUACCUAUUUAAUUGAAGAAUAUAUUACAGGAGGAUAUGUUACCCACCAGACCACUCUGAACCCAGAUGAAAUCGAAAGCUGUGACAGACCGGGUACGGUUAAUGCCAGGACUACAAGUGGUGUGCAUCUGCCAAAGAAAACUUGUCUGGGAGACACAAACAUUUCCUUUGGACUUGGCAAAUUACACACAUAUUUCAAAGGGGUUUCUUUUAGUGGUGAACUUUGAAGGGAUAUAAGUUGCACUGGCUUUGGUGGCUUAAUUUGAAUAGAUGGUCAGCUGGUAGAAAAGCCAGGCCAUCAGUAAUUCCUUUAGAAGCAAAUGUUGGGGGAAUGAUAUGCUUAAAAUGAAUGAUUCCCUUGUUGGGGAAUGUUGUAGCUUUGCUUCUGGGUUCUGGUUAAGGGGACAAUGUGGGGAUCUCUAAGAGGGUUGAAUUAGAGUGAUACAGUAGGAACCCCGAAAGAAAAUGAUCAGGUAGGUGUCCUGGGUGAAGGGUUCCUUAAGGGAAAAGGACUGGGAGGAGGAAGAGGAGGAGGGGGAAGAAGAAAGGGAGAACGGAGAGGAGGAAGAGGAGGAGGAAGACAAGGAGGAGAAGGAAAUAUCAUAGAAGUUAGACCUAUUGCAAAAGCAGAUAAUUGCCAUGGAGAAAAAGCUGCACUGUUCUUAGGAAGUCAAAGACGGGAAGGCACAUUGAGAUACAGCCACAAGGACUGGAACUCCAAAGGCAGAGAAACUAGAUUCAGCCCAGCAUCCUGCCCAUGCGUGCAUCCUGCCUGUGUGUGGGCACCAUACAAACUGAUGAAAUCCAGAGGUCAGUCCCUAGAGCUAUGCACUGCCUCUCCAGUUAUAGCUGACUCUUAAUGCCGUGCUAUUUACAGGGGGUCGUAGUUAUGGAGUGAAGAGGUUUAGAUUGAGAGAGUGUGGUAGAUGAACUCACCUAGUUAUCUUUGCUAAAUUUCUAAAGCUAUUCUCAACUAAAGAUUUAUUGUACAGAAUCAAGUCAAGGAUCCAGAAUCCUGAGUAAAGCUUAUUGUCAUUCUGACUUGAGGUCUGAGGAUGGGGAGUGAAUGAAAAAUACAGCUAGCAUGGGAAGAAGCGGUAAGAGGGGGAAGGGAGAGGUACAGGCAAGGCAAAGAUGGACAUUGGUGGAGGACAACACAUCCUCAUUCUGAUGGAGACAAAGUGGUAACAUCUUAGUUCAGAUUCUGAAAGACUAAUGUGUAAGUCCACGGAAAGAGCAGUUUUCAGGAGAGAUCUGAGCAAGCAGGCAACUAGAAAGCCCCUUUUCAGUCAAUCAUUUGGGGGAAAGAUAGUAUUUUAGACUUGUUCUUCCCAGUGGUAAGUCUUUUAAAUAACAUCAUCAUCUGGUGAUGGGGGGCUCAUGAGUAAAGUUUAGGAGAAUUUAAGGAAGACAUCCCCCAAUGGGUCGUGUCAGAUUCUGCUGGCAAGUGACCCAGACACAGCUCCCACUGUUAGAAAUCCAGAAUUGGAAGUUCCAAGGGAUGGGGAAAGCCUUGAAGGCAACUGUGAAUGAUGAGAUGGAGGAGCCAAGGGAAUAAAAAGCCCCAAAGUUAAAGGGAGGGGAGAACUCAGGGAGAUGAAAAUGAGCCGUGCUUUUAAAUGCAGCUCCCAUUAGCAGGAGUCCUACAUAUGUAACUGGGAUGACUAAUGGCCAUCAAGAGAACGGUGUCACUGAAGUGAUAGAGAUAAAAGCCACAUUUCCAGACGGUUGAGAAGAGAGGAAAAAAGAGGCUCAAUGCACAGGAUAUUCCUUCUUUAGCUAGGGCAGGUCAUAGUGGUGCAAGCCUAUAAUCUCGGCACUUGGGAGGCAGAGGCAGAGGAUCAGGAUUUCCAGGAAAACCUCAGUUAUACCAGAUUCCAUUCAAUGAUAGCAAUAAAAUGAAGAGAAUUUUUUUUUUUUUUUAGAAUUAGGAUGGCCAGUACUGCAGACAUGUGUAUAUGAAUAAGAACGUACUUGGGAGGGGCAUUGCUGGAGAGAUGGCUCCGUGGUUAGGAGCAGCUGCUUGUUCUUACAGAAGACCUGAGUUUGGUUCCCAGAAGCCACAUGGGGUAGCUCACAACCACCUGUGACUUUACCAACAAAGCAGAGAACAGCGCUAAGAGAGAUACUAUGGGUGCCAGUGGAGUUAAUGGGAAGGAAGCAUUGUUCUCUAGAAAACAGAAACAGAAAUAAGGGUACCUGUAAAGAGGCUGUUUUUGUCUCAACUGAUAUCAUCGUCUCAUCUCAGCCAGGGCCGACACCUAUCUAAUAAGCCCUCUUCCUCUCUUGGCCUAUGUUCUUUGUGCACCUCUCCCCCUGAAAGACCUCUGUGAGCCAUUGUUCUUUGGACGAAGAUCAAAUUCCUACAAGAGUCUACGUGAGCUGGGCAGUGGUGGCACAUACCUUUAAUCCCAGCACUAGGGAGGCAGAGGCAGGUGGAUUUCUGAGUUCGAACCUAGUCUGGUCUACAGAGUGAAUUCCAGGACAGCCAGGGCUACACAGAGAGACCCUGUCUCGAAAAACAAACAAACAAAAAGAGUCUACAUGCCAUAAGCUCUUCCCCACCCGCAGUCUAACUCAGAGCACCUCUCCUCUGUGUCUGCUGCUCCCAAGCACAUUGGCUCAUCUGCUGCUUCUUCCCAUCGUUCCAGUGUCUCCCACCUUUCAGUCUUUGAGCACACCACCUGCUUUUCCUUUUCCUCCUUCUGUCCUCCCAUCCCAUCCUACUGUUCUUGGCUCAGUUAUCUAUUCUAGAUGAGGAAUCCACAAUUUCCCUGUCUAUGUAACCGUUGUCAUAUCUAUGUAUGUGCCUUUUUGUGAAGUGUUUGUUAUAGUUCAUUUGGUCUGUGUGUAUAUGAGAGAGAGAGAGAGAGAGAGAGAGAGAGAGAGAGAGAGAGAGAGAGAGAGAGAGAGCAUGUGCAGGCAGGAGUGGGGCAUGUGUGAAGCUAUUUGAUGGGUGUGUUUCACCUUAACAGUUGAGACUUCCUUGAGACUCUAAGGGUGCCUUGCCUCUUCUGUAUCUCCUUUGUAUCAGCCUGGAAACAGCAACUAGAAUAUGCAAAUCACACGUUUAUUAGAACUUAUUAAGAUGGGCUGGCCACGUACAAGGAUUCCAAUAGCAUCUCUGGGAUUGGCCUCUCCAGCUGUCUUUCAUGGUUUUGAAGCAGCGGGAGUAAUCCUGUCUUCAUCCAUACCAUUAACAGGGCAUUUGUCAAUACAAGUCGAGAGCUGCCUCUUACAUAUUGGAGCUAUAUAGGAACUGCUCUCCGUUUGUCACCAUUCCCUAUUGAAUACAGUGCCAAGAAGUUGUUAGUGUCACUAAGGAAGCAGGAUCUCUGCUUCUUAUUAAUUGUGGCCUCACAUUGACAGUUGUCUAACCAUUUUUGCUGGGGUGAGGAUUUAGUGAUUGUCGGGUGCAGAAGGACGCUCUCAGGGUUAUCACAUCUACUCAUUCGAAGCCAAAUCCAUGCCAAGUUCUCCGGUCUGACACUUCAGUGUGGGAGGUGCCACUUGAUCUCCAGAGUCCUGACCUCCUUUUUCUUAUCCCGUUUGCUGCUUCCUUGCAUUAACUAGGAAAAUGGCAUCCCCUUUAAUGAGCGGAAAUAUUUAUCCCCUUUAACUGAACAGCUCUUAGAAGCAAUUAGCAUUUAGGGAAUUUCUUGUUUAGAAAUAAUGUCUGCAUGAAAUUACCCAUUAUGGACUAAUUUGAAACUGGAAGAUAGAUGCUCAUUUUUCCCCGCAAUAGCACCUGCAAGCAUUUGUGGGAAAGGGGCUAGCAACAGCGUGGCUGUAAGCCGCCCUUUUCCAUCGCCGUGUUCAUGCAUGCUGGGUAAACAGAAACCCUUUGACAUGCGAGCAUUUCAGAGGACGAGGAAUAUGUUCCUUUCAAGUGCUGCUAUUUACCUGUCAUUUUGGAUCUGAAGGUUGAGUAGACUCUGUGUGUCAUAAUUAAUUCGUGUAUUGCCUUUUGGACACCAACUAGGAAAUAAAGAGUGACAUUAUAUGUCAAAAAUGAAUCCUAUGUCAGAAAAGGGAAGGAAAAGAAAUUUAUUGCUGAAUGGCAGCUUCAGGAGGAAGGGGGAAAUUCUCUCAGAAUUAGUUUACAGAGGACACACAGACUCCACAAAACAGCCUGCAUAUAGUUGAAUUGGAGAAUUAUGACCAAUUGGUGGCUCUGUCCAGAAUGACUGAACACAGCUAUGUGAAUACAGGUUGAAGAUCACCAGUCCAAAUGCCGUCAGAAAAAUCUCAAAAACUAAAAAUAUUGAAGUGUCAGUGUAAUUGUACAAAUGAGAGAAAGCUGGCAAUUUUGUGUUCUGUACACAAAGUAAUCGAGCUAUAUAAAAUUAUUCUGGGAGUAUUGCAGUAGGUAUAUAUGAGAGAAAUGUAUUUGGUGUCUAGACUUGGGUUCUACCUCUAAGUUAUGACAUUAUAUCUUUGAAAAUAUUCCAAAAUGUGUAUUUGUGGGGGGAGCAUGUGGAAGGGGUAAAAAUGUAAAACAUUUCUGAUACCAAUCAUUUCAGACAGGAGUUCUUUCAUUUAGACAAUGCAUUUUAGUGAAUAGUAAUUAAAUUUCAGAGACUAUGCAAAAUGCCUUCCUUAACUCUUCUCAAUAGUCCAUUUUGCUGAAGAAAGAUGUGGGUAGCACUGGCCUUUAAUCCCAGCACUCAGGAGACAGAGGAACUCUGAGUUCAAAGAUACCCUGGUCUACAGAGAGAGUUCCAGGACAGCUAAGGCUACACAGAGAAACCCUGUCUCAUAAAACUAACAACAACAACAACAACAAAUUGAUGCGCAAAGUUAUUCAAAUUUAUUCAGCUACGGAAUGGAAGAGUUGGGACUUAGGCCAGCUGACUCCAGAGUCCUAGCCAGAGUCGUGACAUCCCAGCCACAUAGAUGUCACGUUCAACAUCAGCACUUGAAGCCAAGGCAUUCUGCUCUCAAGUGUAAUCCUAAUCAGCUGUCUAGAGUCUAAAGACUCUAAAUGGGUCAUGCCUGUGAAAGAACCCUUCUGAAACAAAGAAACCCAGAGUCAGUCACCUACACCACACUCAGUACCCACCCAUCACGUGGUGUUGGGCUUCACUCUGAUUGGUAGGGAAAGCCUACACCGUACUAUGUACUUCCUAUCAGGAAAUGAGACUAGACGGUCCGUGUAGGCCAAGCAGGGAUGAGAGAUGAGAGGGACACUUUUCUGUGGGUGGCGCUGAUUGACUAGGGCUGGAAGUAGUCACAGGACAGCAGCAGGCAGAAGAUGUGCCAGCACUUCGCAGACUCUGCAUUUUUGCCUAGGGCCGGCCUUGCUUCAAAGCGAAACUUCCACCGAGAAACUAAAUAAAGGAAAAAGAAAAGCCAAAGAGAACAAAUUCCCAUUUAGUCAGCUUUUACUGUCCUCCGAGGCUCUGUGUUUAUGCUAGAUCUUAAUUAUGCUGCUUGUCAAAGACACAGUAAACUCCACUGUGGUUGAGGGAGCGAUUUUAUCUUUUUAUCUUUACAGUCAGAAAAGGACUUAGUAUUCUGAACCCUACUCUUGAUGAGCUUCAAACCUGGAAUAAAAGAACGUUUUGCUCUCCUUCCCAAUUGGCUUUGCAAGCCAUCCAUGAACACCUAAUAAGGAAGUUUGGGCUAUGUUAGGAGUAGCCAGUGCCCAGGUGGCCUGAGACAGAACCAUUGAAUGCAAGGGGACUACAUAGACCAGUCCCUUCCGGCAUCCCCACUCUUGGCCCUUUUCACCUGCCCUCCAAGCAUCCAUGCAGGACUUGUGAUCCACAUUCUGGGACACGCAUAACUGCCUCCUCCAAGCAGGGUCGUCCCAUUCCACCUACAUCCUCGUCUAGCCUCCUCCCAUCUGCUCAGCUGCCUAGCUCCCAUAAUCCUCCACCAGUUAGCUGCCAGAUGCCAUUGCUAGACAGCAACACCUCCCAUCAGAUCAUGGACACCAACCCUGAUGAGGAAUUCUCCCCCAAUUCAUACCUGCUCAGAGCAUGCUCAGGGCCCCAGCAAGCCUCCAGCAGUGGCCCUCCAAACCACCACAGCCAGUCAACACUGAGGCCCCCUCUGCCACCCCCUCAUAACCACACCCUGUCCCACCACCACUCCUCGGCCAACUCCCUCAACAGGAACUCACUGACCAAUCGGCGGAGUCAAAUCCACGCCCCAGCUCCUGCGCCCAACGACCUGGCCACCACCCCAGAGUCUGUUCAGCUCCAGGAUAGCUGGGUGCUGAACAGUAACGUCCCACUGGAGACUCGGCACUUCCUUUUCAAGACGUCGUCUGGAAGCACACCCCUGUUCAGCAGCUCUUCUCCGGGAUACCCUUUGACCUCAGGGACCGUUUAUACACCACCACCCCGCCUGCUGCCACGGAAUACAUUCUCCAGGAAGGCCUUCAAGCUGAAGAAACCCUCCAAAUACUGCAGUUGGAAAUGCGCUGCCCUGUCUGCCAUCGCCGCCGCCCUCCUCUUGGCCAUUUUGCUGGCAUAUUUCAUAGCAAUGCAUCUGCUCGGACUCAAUUGGCAACUCCAGCCGGCAGAUGGACACACCUUUAACAAUGGCGUAAGGACCGGCUUACCAGGAAACGAUGAUGUGGCAACAGUGCCAUCUGGAGGCAAAGUGCCCUGGUCAUUGAAAAACAGCAGCAUAGACAGUGGCGAAGCAGAAGUUGGUCGGCGGGUGACACAGGAAGUCCCACCAGGGGUGUUUUGGAGGUCCCAGAUUCACAUCAGUCAGCCUCAAUUCUUAAAGUUCAACAUCUCCCUGGGCAAGGAUGCCCUCUUCGGUGUCUAUAUAAGGAGAGGACUACCACCGUCUCAUGCCCAGUAUGACUUCAUGGAACGCCUGGAUGGAAAGGAGAAAUGGAGCGUGGUCGAGUCGCCCAGGGAACGCCGGAGCAUCCAGACUCUGGUGCAGAACGAGGCUGUGUUUGUGCAGUACUUGGAUGUGGGCCUGUGGCACCUGGCCUUCUACAAUGACGGCAAGGACAAGGAGAUGGUCUCCUUCAACACUGUUGUCUUAGAUUCAGUGCAGGACUGUCCACGGAACUGUCACGGGAACGGCGAAUGCGUGUCUGGACUGUGUCACUGUUUCCCAGGAUUCCUAGGUGCAGACUGUGCUAAAGCUGCCUGCCCUGUACUGUGCAGCGGAAAUGGACAGUAUUCUAAAGGAACGUGCCAGUGCUACAGCGGCUGGAAAGGUGCAGAGUGCGAUGUGCCUAUGAACCAAUGUAUCGAUCCUUCCUGUGGGGGCCAUGGCUCCUGCAUUGAUGGGAACUGCGUGUGUGCUGCUGGCUACAAGGGCGAGCACUGUGAGGAAGUUGAUUGCUUGGAUCCUACCUGCUCCAGCCAUGGUGUCUGUGUGAAUGGAGAGUGUCUAUGCAGCCCCGGCUGGGGUGGUCUCAACUGUGAGCUGGCGAGGGUCCAGUGCCCAGACCAGUGUAGUGGGCAUGGCACUUACCUCCCUGACUCCGGCCUCUGCAGCUGUGAUCCGAACUGGAUGGGUCCCGACUGCUCUGUUGAUGGCUGCCCUGAUUUGUGCAACGGUAACGGGAGAUGCACACUGGGUCAGAACAGCUGGCAGUGUGUCUGCCAGACCGGCUGGAGAGGGCCUGGAUGCAACGUUGCCAUGGAAACCUCCUGCGCUGAUAACAAGGAUAAUGAGGGAGAUGGCCUGGUGGACUGCCUGGACCCUGACUGCUGCCUACAGUCAGCCUGUCAGAACAGCCUGCUCUGCCGGGGGUCUCGGGACCCCUUGGACAUCAUUCAGCAAGGUCAGACAGACUGGCCUGCAGUGAAGUCCUUCUAUGACCGCAUCAAGCUCUUGGCAGGCAAGGACAGCACCCACAUCAUUCCUGGAGACAACCCCUUCAAUAGCAGCCUGGUGUCUCUGAUCCGAGGCCAAGUAGUAACCAUGGAUGGGACUCCCUUGGUGGGUGUGAAUGUGUCUUUUGUCAAGUACCCAAAAUAUGGCUACACCAUCACUCGCCAGGAUGGCACGUUUGAUCUGAUUGCCAAUGGGGGUUCUGCCUUGACUCUUCACUUUGAGCGAGCCCCUUUCAUGAGCCAGGAGCGCACAGUGUGGCUGCCAUGGAACAGCUUCUAUGCCAUGGACACCCUGGUAAUGAAGACCGAGGAAAACUCCAUCCCCAGCUGUGACCUCAGUGGCUUUGUCCGGCCAGAUCCAAUCAUCAUCUCCUCUCCUCUGUCUACCUUCUUCAGCGCUUCCCCUGCCUCGAACCCCAUUGUGCCUGAGACCCAGGUUCUUCAUGAAGAAAUUGAGCUCCCUGGUACCAAUGUGAAGCUCCGUUAUCUCAGCUCUAGAACUGCAGGGUACAAGUCGCUGCUGAAGAUCACCAUGACACAGUCCACAGUGCCCUUGAACCUCAUCAGGGUUCACUUGAUGGUUGCUGUAGAGGGGCAUCUCUUCCAGAAGUCAUUCCAGGCUUCUCCCAACCUAGCCUACACAUUCAUCUGGGACAAGACAGAUGCUUAUGGCCAAAGGGUUUAUGGCCUAUCGGAUGCUGUUGUGUCUGUUGGGUUUGAAUAUGAGACCUGCCCCAGUCUCAUCCUGUGGGAGAAAAGGACAGCCCUGCUUCAGGGAUUCGAGCUGGACCCUUCCAACCUUGGAGGCUGGUCCCUGGACAAACACCACACCCUCAAUGUGAAAAGCGGAAUACUACACAAAGGGACAGGGGAGAACCAGUUCCUGACCCAGCAGCCUGCCAUCAUCACGAGCAUCAUGGGCAACGGUCGCCGCAGAAGCAUCUCCUGUCCCAGCUGUAAUGGCCUUGCUGAAGGCAACAAACUGUUAGCCCCUGUGGCCCUGGCUGUGGGGAUCGAUGGGAGCCUCUUUGUUGGUGACUUCAACUAUAUCCGGCGCAUCUUUCCCUCUCGAAAUGUGACCAGUAUCUUGGAGUUACGAAAUAAAGAGUUUAAACAUAGCAACAGCCCAGGACACAAGUAUUACUUGGCUGUGGACCCCGUGACCGGCUCACUCUACGUCUCUGACACCAACAGUCGCCGAAUCUACCGAGUCAAGUCUCUGAGCGGAGCCAAAGACCUGGCUGGAAAUUCGGAAGUUGUGGCAGGGACUGGCGAACAAUGUCUACCCUUUGAUGAAGCCCGCUGUGGGGAUGGAGGGAAGGCUGUGGACGCCACCCUCAUGAGCCCCAGAGGUAUUGCAGUAGACAAGAAUGGGCUUAUGUACUUUGUUGAUGCCACCAUGAUCCGGAAGGUGGACCAAAACGGAAUCAUCUCCACCCUGCUGGGCUCCAAUGACCUCACAGCUGUCCGACCACUGAGCUGUGACUCGAGCAUGGACGUGGCCCAGGUCCGUCUAGAAUGGCCGACAGACCUCGCCGUCAACCCCAUGGACAACUCCCUGUACGUUCUGGAGAACAACGUCAUCCUGCGGAUCACGGAGAACCACCAGGUCAGCAUCAUCGCGGGACGGCCUAUGCACUGCCAGGUUCCCGGCAUCGACUACUCGCUCAGCAAACUCGCCAUCCAUUCUGCGCUGGAAUCAGCCAGCGCCAUUGCUAUUUCUCACACUGGGGUGCUCUACAUCACUGAGACGGACGAGAAGAAGAUCAACCGCCUACGCCAAGUCACCACCAAUGGAGAGAUCUGCCUCUUAGCCGGGGCGGCCUCAGACUGUGACUGCAAAAACGAUGUCAACUGCAUCUGCUACUCGGGAGAUGACGCUUACGCCACGGACGCCAUCCUAAACUCGCCGUCCUCCUUAGCCGUGGCUCCAGAUGGCACCAUCUACAUUGCAGACCUUGGGAAUAUCCGGAUCAGGGCGGUCAGCAAAAAUAAACCCGUUCUUAACGCAUUCAACCAGUAUGAGGCUGCAUCUCCGGGAGAACAGGAAUUGUACGUGUUCAACGCUGAUGGUAUCCAUCAGUACACUGUGAGUCUGGUGACUGGGGAGUACUUGUACAAUUUCACAUACAGCGCUGACAAUGACGUCACCGAGUUGAUUGACAACAACGGGAAUUCCCUAAAGAUCCGCCGGGACAGCAGUGGCAUGCCCCGCCACCUGCUCAUGCCUGAUAAUCAGAUUAUCACCCUUACCGUGGGCACCAAUGGAGGCCUCAAAGCCGUGUCCACUCAGAACCUGGAGCUGGGCCUCAUGACUUAUGAUGGGAACACUGGACUCCUAGCCACCAAGAGUGAUGAAACUGGAUGGACAACUUUUUAUGACUAUGACCACGAGGGCCGUCUGACCAAUGUGACCCGCCCCACGGGCGUAGUGACCAGUCUGCACCGGGAAAUGGAGAAAUCUAUCACCAUUGACAUUGAGAACUCCAACCGGGAUGAUGACGUCACUGUGAUCACCAACCUCUCCUCCGUGGAGGCCUCCUAUACAGUGGUACAAGAUCAAGUGCGAAACAGCUACCAGCUCUGCAAUAAUGGAACCCUGCGGGUGAUGUACGCCAACGGCAUGGCUGUCAGCUUCCACAGUGAGCCCCACGUCCUCGCAGGCACCAUCACCCCCACCAUUGGGCGCUGCAACAUCUCUCUGCCCAUGGAGAAUGGCCUGAACUCCAUCGAGUGGCGCCUGAGGAAGGAACAGAUCAAAGGCAAAGUCACCAUCUUUGGGAGGAAGCUUCGGGUCCACGGAAGGAAUCUCCUGUCCAUUGAUUAUGACCGAAAUAUCCGAACGGAGAAGAUCUACGAUGACCACCGGAAAUUCACCCUGAGGAUCAUCUAUGACCAGGUGGGCCGCCCCUUCCUGUGGCUCCCGAGCAGUGGGCUGGCAGCCGUCAAUGUCUCCUACUUCUUCAAUGGGCGCUUGGCCGGCCUCCAGCGAGGGGCCAUGAGCGAGAGGACAGACAUUGACAAGCAAGGCCGGAUCGUGUCCCGCAUGUUCGCCGACGGGAAAGUCUGGAGCUAUUCCUAUCUUGACAAGUCCAUGGUCCUUCUGCUACAGAGCCAACGUCAGUACAUAUUUGAAUAUGACUCCUCCGAUCGCCUCCACGCAGUCACUAUGCCCAGUGUCGCCCGGCACAGCAUGUCCACGCACACCUCCAUUGGUUACAUCCGAAACAUUUACAACCCACCCGAAAGCAAUGCAUCAGUCAUCUUUGACUACAGUGAUGACGGCCGCAUCCUAAAGACAUCUUUCUUGGGCACUGGGCGCCAGGUGUUCUACAAGUAUGGAAAACUCUCCAAGUUAUCAGAGAUAGUCUACGACAGCACAGCCGUCACCUUUGGGUAUGACGAGACCACCGGUGUCCUGAAGAUGGUCAAUCUCCAAAGUGGGGGUUUCUCCUGUACCAUCAGGUACCGAAAGGUUGGGCCCCUUGUGGACAAGCAGAUUUACAGGUUCUCUGAGGAAGGAAUGAUCAACGCCAGGUUUGAUUAUACCUAUCACGACAAUAGCUUCCGCAUUGCCAGCAUCAAACCCGUCAUUAGCGAGACUCCCCUUCCUGUUGACCUCUACCGCUAUGAUGAGAUUUCCGGCAAGGUGGAACACUUCGGCAAGUUUGGGGUCAUCUACUACGACAUCAACCAGAUCAUCACCACUGCCGUCAUGACGCUUAGCAAGCACUUUGACACCCAUGGGCGCAUCAAGGAAGUGCAAUAUGAGAUGUUCCGGUCCCUCAUGUACUGGAUGACUGUGCAAUAUGACAGUAUGGGUAGGGUCAUCAAGAGGGAACUGAAACUAGGGCCCUAUGCCAACACCACAAAGUACACCUAUGACUAUGACGGGGACGGCCAGCUCCAGAGUGUGGCCGUCAAUGACCGGCCUACCUGGCGCUAUAGCUAUGACCUCAAUGGGAACCUGCACCUUCUAAACCCAGGAAACAGUGCUCGCCUCAUGCCCUUACGCUAUGACCUCCGUGACCGGAUAACCAGGCUAGGGGACGUGCAGUACAAAAUCGAUGACGAUGGCUAUUUGUGCCAGAGAGGGUCAGACAUCUUUGAAUACAACUCCAAGGGCCUUCUGACAAGAGCAUACAACAAGGCCAGCGGAUGGAGCGUGCAGUACCGCUAUGACGGAGUGGGCCGCCGGGCUUCCUACAAGACCAACCUGGGCCACCACCUACAGUACUUCUACUCCGACCUCCACAACCCCACACGUAUCACCCAUGUUUACAACCACUCCAACUCUGAGAUCACCUCGCUCUACUAUGACCUCCAGGGCCACCUAUUUGCCAUGGAGAGCAGUAGUGGUGAAGAAUACUAUGUCGCCUCAGACAACACGGGGACCCCUCUGGCUGUGUUCAGUAUCAAUGGCCUCAUGAUCAAGCAACUGCAGUACACAGCCUAUGGGGAGAUCUACUAUGACUCCAAUCCAGACUUCCAGAUGGUCAUUGGCUUCCACGGAGGCCUCUAUGACCCCCUCACCAAGCUCGUCCACUUUACUCAACGUGAUUAUGACGUGCUGGCAGGACGGUGGACGUCCCCCGACUACACCAUGUGGAGGAACGUGGGCAAGGAGCCAGCCCCCUUCAACCUGUACAUGUUCAAGAACAACAAUCCUCUGAGCAAUGAGCUGGACUUAAAGAACUACGUGACAGACGUGAAGAGCUGGCUUGUGAUGUUUGGAUUUCAGCUCAGCAACAUCAUUCCUGGAUUCCCGAGAGCCAAAAUGUAUUUUGUGCCUCCCCCCUAUGAACUGUCAGAGAGUCAAGCAAGCGAGAACGGACAGCUCAUUACAGGUGUCCAGCAGACAACUGAGAGGCAUAACCAGGCCUUCCUGGCUCUGGAAGGACAGGUCAUCACUAAAAAGCUCCAUGCCAGCAUCCGAGAGAAAGCAGGCCACUGGUUUGCUACCACCACACCCAUCAUCGGCAAAGGCAUCAUGUUUGCCAUCAAAGAAGGGCGGGUGACCACAGGAGUGUCUAGCAUCGCCAGUGAGGACAGCCGCAAGGUAGCAUCCGUGUUGAACAAUGCCUACUACUUAGACAAGAUGCACUACAGCAUCGAGGGCAAGGACACACACUACUUUGUGAAGAUCGGCGCCGCGGAUGGUGACCUGGUCACGCUAGGAACCACCAUUGGGCGCAAGGUGCUGGAGAGUGGGGUGAACGUGACGGUGUCACAGCCCACGCUGCUGGUGAAUGGCAGGACUCGAAGGUUCACCAACAUUGAGUUCCAGUACUCCACGCUGCUGCUCAGUAUCCGCUACGGCCUCACCCCCGACACGCUGGACGAAGAAAAGGCCCGCGUCCUGGACCAAGCGAGACAGAGAGCCCUGGGUACUGCCUGGGCCAAGGAGCAGCAGAAAGCCAGGGACGGGAGAGAGGGCAGCCGCCUGUGGACGGAGGGCGAGAAGCAGCAACUCCUGAGCACGGGACGGGUACAAGGUUAUGAGGGCUAUUACGUACUUCCGGUGGAACAGUACCCGGAGCUGGCAGACAGUAGCAGCAACAUCCAGUUCUUAAGACAGAAUGAGAUGGGAAAGAGGUAACAAAAUAACCUGCUGCCACCUCUUCUCUGGGUGGCUCAGCAGGAGCAACUGUGACCUCCUCUCCUAAGGAGACGAAGACCUAACGGGGCACUGAGGCCGGGCUGCUUUAGGAUCCCAAGUGGCAAGAAAGCUCACAUUUUUUGAGUUCAAAUGCUACUGUCUAAGCGCAAAGUCCCUCAUCCUGAAGUAGACUAGAGCCCGGCCACAAAUUCUGAGGAAAAACAAAAACUAAAGGAUGAACGAACGAACGAACGAAUGAAAACACACACAAAAUGUUUCAAGUUCCCCUAAAAUAUGACCCACUUGUUCCGGGUCUAAGGCAGAAAAGAGACGCAGAAUAGCCAAAAGGAAAGGAACAGAAAAGAAACAAAUUAAAAAAAAAAAAAAGCAAACAAAAAGACAAAGACACCGACCAUACAAACGAAGAAAUGAAGACGAGAAGGCCUCAUAUUCUAAUACCUCACUCAUUGACACGUGAGCAACACAAAGACAUUCACAAGGGCCGGCAUCACCAGACCAGCUGAGGACAACUCAGACUGACAGUUGGACAAACAUUGCGACGUUUUCGUUUAAGCAAAUACAGGUGCAUUUAAAAAACACGACUUUGGGGGUGAUUUGUGUGUAGCGCCUGGGGAGGGAGGGGGCACAAAAGCGGAGGAUCGAGCACUGGAAAUACUUUUUAAAGAAAAAGAAAAACACAAGAAAAAAAUCAGUAUCAGAAGUCAAAGCGAAACAAUACCGUCUGGCACUUAACUCUCAGGUCCCCCACUUAGUCAGGCCUGAGCUAAUUUAUUUGAGCGCAGAGUGUAAAAUUUUAAUUCAAAAUGGUGGCUAUACUCACUACACAUAAAUCUCAUAAUCUUUUUGUCUUUGGAGAUUCCAUUGUGGACAGUAAUACGCAGUUACAGGGUGUAGUCUGUUUAGAAUCCGUAGUUUGUGGGUAUCAGUUGCGGUAGAGAUGCAACAUUUGUGACUCUGUUGCUAACGGUUACCACUUCCGAUCGCCCUGUACAUACAUAUGCCGUAAGGCGCAAUCACUGUUUCAGACUUAAAAUUAUUAGUGUGUUUGUUUGGUCCAGAAACUGAGACAAUCACAUGACAGUCACCACGAGGAGAGAAAAAUAAAAAAAUAAAUAAAUAAAUAAAAACAAAAAAAAAUUUUAAAAAGUGAAGAAAAAAAACACACAAAAAAAAAGUCUAAUAAGAACUUUGGUACAGGAACUUUUUUGUAAUAUACAUGUAUGAAUUGUUCAUCGAGUUUUUAUAUUAAUUUUAAUUUGCUGCUAAGCAAAGACUAGGGACAGGCAAAGAUAAUUUAUGGCAAAGUGUUUAAAUUGUUUAUACAUAAAUAAAGUCUCUAAAACUCCUGUGGACACUGA